ACGUCAUCAUUGAUGACGUUCAAUCGAACGAAUGAUAAAGGGGGCUAAGUUUCGUUAAGUUGGUGCAAAUCACUGCGAUUUGAGCGCCUUGAAAACUGGCUUAGCACGUUUGCUGAAAUUUGACAUGUAUAUGGACAAGAAUGCGAUCUACCUGUUGGCGUAGGCGUUAUACCUGGGAAAAAUCUAGUUUUUGAUGAAAUCACGAAAAAAUUUCGCAAGUUUUACAUAACCGGAAUUACAAAAUGCGUUAUGUGGAUAUACCGAUACCCUACCGAAAUAUCCGAAAUCAAACUUUCAUAAAAACAAUGUUUCAUUAGUUAUUUCAGUGUAUUUCGCAACAAUCUAUAUUAAAAUACGCAGUUUUUCGAUAAAUAAUCAAUAUUAAUGGGGAUUUCGUGGGAUCUCGGGGAUUCCUGGGGAUUUUGGUAAUUGCAGGAACGUCGGUAUUUCUUCACACACGUCAAAAUGGCCGACUUCGACAGAAAGAACGCUUAAAAGUAUUUACAAAAUAACAUCAUCACAAACGAUGUAAAGUGAACGCUACUUAUCCGUUUUGUAUACAAGUAUACGAUCCAUUGGAAAACACUAACAUUUGACAUACAAAAACGCCAGUGGAUAUGGAAAUCUUCAUCGUUGGAAAUAGCAGACGGCGUCGACCAAUGGCGAAAACAACGCGAGAAAGUAUUAACAAAAUAACAUAAUUAAAAAUGAUGUUAAGUGAACGCUAAUUCGCUGUUUUGUAGAUAAGUAUACGAUCUAUUGAAAACCAUAACAUUUGACAUAAAACACCCGUGGAUAUGCAAAUCUUCUGCGUACCAAAUAGCAGACAUCAUGCGGCGUCUAAUCUGAGUCUACGCUGUUUGCCAAGGCCGAUAGUAUAAUGAAUGGAAAUGCACAAACUCAGCAACUGGCAAGCAUAUAUGCAUUAGUAGAUUGUUUCGUGAUUAUUUAGAAACGACUACAUAAUUCUUUUGGUUCAGCCAGUGCAACUUAACAGAAAUAAGUAUAAUAGUUUCUACACCUGACAACAAUGUGCCAACUUUAUACAAGUGUGAACUGUUUCGGACUAGGCUUGGCAUGAAUGCACGAACGGUCCGCAUGGUUGAUGCAAAUAUGAAGUGGACAAGUUUUCUUUGCGCUCUCUUAGUACAUAUUAGGACAGGUCUUGCAUCUACAGACCCGUCCAAUUUAAAAUGCACGGCGCUUAACUCAACGUCACUUCGCGUCACAUGGACGAUGGCCAGUGACAUAAGCGUCCUUGGUUACCACGUGGACGGCGUCAGGACGGACGGCAUACGGAUCGAGCCGCUAAUACCGGUAUGCAUACAGAGUGAAGUCAUCGAAAUUUGUGUAAAACACACGGUGACCAUUACACUGGAAGACACGACGUUUGAUCAUUAUGACAUCUUCGGUCUGGGCAUGUACGCUUCGUAUGACAUCACGAUCCACUCAUAUACGUCAUCAGGAAAUCUCACCGAAUAUAACGUGUCCUGUAUGACGUCAGAAGACGUGCCCAAUGGUUCGCCUGAUGGAUUGGUGUGUAAGGGAAAGACAAUCAAGGCCGUCACGUGUUCAUGGAACAACCUUACCCAGGUGUACUGGAACGGGGUGCCACUGGGUUUCCGCCUGCAGUAUGCGGUGAUGUCUGACCGUUCCGAGCUCAAGGAAGUGACAUUGGGUGCGGACGCCCUCUCAGCCGACGUGUUAUCGCUCACAUUUGCCACCAAGUACGUAUUUCUCCUGAACGCCUUCACAGCCAAGGGGCAAGGGACGGUGUAUUCCACGGCAUUGGGGAGCACACUUGGUAUUGAGAAUGACACGACUGCAGAACCUCCCACGAAGUACUACUGCUACGAGGCCGUCCCGGGCAUGAUCGUGUUUGACUGGGACGAAAUGCCUUGCACGGUGUACUCGGGCAUCAUUGGCGGCCUCUUCCUCCUCCUCCUGGUUUUCAUCCUCAUCCUAUCGUGCCAGGCCUGUUGCCAGAAAGGAGGCGCGACCAAUAUACAACUGAACAUGGCAACGGAUACGGCACCUCCUAGCAGAGGUCCAAAAUAUCCCGGGUGGAAAGAAGAUGACUACAACGGGAAUCGGCAUGACAACAAUACUUACAGUGAUAGUGACCAAGAUACAUCAUCUGACGAUGAAUAUGAUGAUGAGGACGUGGAGGAUAUUGAAGCAGAUCGUGAUAACGUAACAAAGUCAUCAUCGCUCAAUAACGAUUGUGAUACUGGAAAAAAUCUACCAAGACCCACUUCCAAAAAGGCAGUCAUUCAAAGACGGGAACGAAGCGGAGUAAGCCUCGCGAGUGUCCUCUCUUCUAGACAAGUUCAACUUGAGGAAAACGAAGAAUCUGCUGAUAGUGAUUACGACUCUCAAAAUGAAAGUUUUGAUGAAGGAGCCUAUACAAAUAAACAUUCCGAAGACAUAGCAGAUGCCAACACUUUACAAGGCUUAUAUUCUGUAAUAAGUAAUAAAAAAGUUAGGUCACAGAUAAAAAGUAAAGAAAACAAACCACCAGACGACUUCGGUUUAAAACCUAUGAAAAUAAUGAGUUCUCAUGAAAAAAAUAUCUCAUUAAAUAUCUCGUUAGAUGAAAGCAGAAGUGUUUCGAAAUCGAACAUUUCGAAAACGAAAAUGGUCACUUUCAUCGAAGGUGUAAACAAUAUUGAAACAAUCAAUGAAAUUUCGGAGGGUGAAACUAUGGCUCCGACAAACAAAUCGCAUGAAGAAAAAUCCUGUUUCAAAACGGUUCCCAAGGCAAAACAUGUCAUCUUUAGCAGUAAAAACGCAAAAGAGACAGACGAUAUUUUUGUGCAAGAAAUUGAAGAAACAAAUGUAAAUGACUUGGCUUGUGUCAAGGCAGAAUCAUCUAAAGAUCAAAACGGGAUUGUUGCAUGGAAGAAAACAAGCGUUCCAACCCAAACAAUGAAUGCUGACCGGGAUGAAGAGGUGGAUACGGAGACUUUUGUUGCAGAAACUGAAAGUUGCCCUAAAAUGGACAAAACAAACCAAGUCACGCCAGAUACAAGGCCUACAAGUGGUGAAAUUUGGAAGAAGCAAGUAGCUACAUUGAAACAACUCGACGACAAUAUGGACAACAGUCUCCACAAAAAGAAAAGCAGUAUUAGAACAUCUGAAGUGACACAGUCGAUAAAACAUUCCGACUGGAUGGAUGACAACGACUAUGUGCCCAUACCAGCAGUUAAUAAAAUACAUAAUGCAAAACAAAGUACAACAAAUGAUCAUGUUUAUGGGAACAAACCUGAAUAUAAUUUUGCGCCAUCGAAUGCUUGGUCUCAAAAGAAGGAAGAAAAAACAAAGCGGAGAAAGCAAACCCCUGUGCGGCAGUUUUCGGAGCCAAUUUCUUUAACUCAUGAUCACGUUUUACAAGCCAAAAGAAAACUUAGUGAAGGAGAUAAUCAUCAAGCAGUUAACCUAUAUAAGAUAAAUAGCGAGGCAAUUCUUCCGGAACAGGCAGGAAUUGAAUCAAUACAACUGGUUGACAUAGAAAGCGAUGAUAGCCAUCCGUUGCGAGGAUUUCCUUCAAAUGAUACGACAACAAAGCUUAACCAUAUGGCACACAAUCAUUUAGGAACAACGAUGGGAAAGAUCACCGGACGAAAUGCGCAUGCAUCACAACAGCCUCGAGUAUCAAGUGGAAGGAAAUCAACUAAAGAGUCUAACAGUUACAGGAGGCGGUCACCAAUAGAAGCUGAACCGGUAUUUGAGAGCAACAGAUUAGCGAAAAAAUUUCCAUUCUUGGCUGAUCUAACAGCUAAGAAUAAAAUUAACCAUAAAGAGACAAUGAAUGAAAGCUUUUCAAAGCAAGCGAAUACGACCUCCAUCGACAGAUCUAUGUCAUAUGGAUUUGGGGUUGGAAAAUGGCGCAAAGUUGCCGUCUCGUGGUUAAACAAAAGUAAAAUACAGAACAACGCAACUCAAACUUUAAAUUCUGAAUGGACAUAAAGUUCUUUAUUGAUAUCUUGUUGUUCAUGUAUGGAAUGUUUUCUUUCUUUUUUUUUCUUUUUUAAAUACGGAAGGUACAGAAAAGUUGAACGGAAAUUGAUUGUUUGUAAAUAAACAAAUAUCACUGUUAA